AUGGAACCCGAUCCGACGGAAAUGUCUGACAGGAGCGAUUCAAGCCACUCGGAAACUCAGAUAAGAACUUUUCAGGAUUAUGAAAGGAUCAAGGAAUUAAAUUUGACAGUCGAUAAAAAUAAGGAGGAAGGAUUGAAAAAGGAUUUUCUGGAAGGGAGACCUCAUCCCUUGCAAUUUGAUGAAUUGAUCACAGAUGCCAGUGAAUUGGCGAUGGCGUUAAACAAGCCGAAGGAUUUCAAUUUUUUAUCAGACCCAAUUCGAUAUGGAUUGAAAAACUCGUCCAGUGAGGAUGUACCGGAAUUGGAAACUUUGUCAAGGAACAAAGAAUCUCUGAAGCAAAAAGAGGUUAUGUUCAAUUUCGGAAGGGAAUUUAGGCAAAAGAGUCUCCAUUUGGAAAGGAGUAACAAAGACAUUGGAUUUCCCAUAGAAAGGGAAAUGAAGGAUUUUGGGAUUUUGAAAAAUUAUAAUCUCCCUCUAGAAAGGAUGAAGGAAUUUAAUUUGUCGAUUGACAGGGUGAGGGAUAGUCAUGCGCAUAGUUUGGGGUUGGACAGGCUUCGAGGGAAUCCUUUGAUGGAAAAUUCGGGAAUCCUGGAGUCGAGUGAUUACAGAAAUUUGCAGAUUCAACAAAGAAGUCCGGAUUUGGAUGCGAUUGCUUAUGAAAGAAUGAGGAGGUCGAAUUUGAUAACGACGGAUUUGUCGACGCAAAAUAUCGCAACGCAAUUGCCGAGGUCACAUCCGGUUGGUCAGAAUCAACAUCAACAUCAGCAACAACAGGUCAAGUCUUUUACGAUUGAUGCUAUUCUGGGACUGAGGAACAACCAGAGAGAGAAGCAUCAGAGACAUCAUCCUUACAGGAAACAUCAGGGUCAAGAAGGCUCAACAAAAAGCAGUUCUUCAACAUCUUGUCCCAAUAAUUCCGGAAAAUUAAAAAGAGUAAGAACAAUUUUUACCGCCGAACAACUGGAACGUCUGGAAGGAGAAUUUGCGAGACAGCAAUACAUGGUUGGCCCAGAGCGACUUUAUUUGGCCCACGCUUUAAGAUUGACCGAAGCCCAGGUAAAAGUUUGGUUCCAAAAUCGCAGAAUAAAGUGGCGAAAAUUAAAUCACGAGCAAGCGAGUCAAAGGCUACACGAAUUUCAUCAGACUUCCUUAUCGAAUUUGGAACAAGAGGACAGUAACGAGCCCAGUGAAUGGCAAAAGUGACCCUCGACUUUUCCACUUCCUG